AUGCUUGCCCAAGUGCUUAGGUAUAGAAAGGACGUGCGACCAUCUGGCGGUGGGGUUGCAUGCACCACACCACAAUCCACACAUACUGCCAUCGACAUCGCACGACCACACGAAUACUGCACAAUGCCACGCUCACCUUCGCCUUACGGCGGUCAGCGACGGCGCCGGACUGAAGUGUCUCCGCCCGACUACAUGGACGAGUUCGGCGGCAGGCACCACCAGCCAGCGCACAGCCGUGGACGCGGCCCACGAUACGACGACGAGCGGACCGCGGACCGAGGAGGUAUGCGCGGUGCCUUUGACGCAGUCAAGAACUUCAUCUCAGAAAGCACAGAGGAUCGCGAUCGUCCUCGCCGUGCAAAGUCGCACCGCGAGCCCCGGCCGCGCCCUUAUCCCCCCUCCGACUCCGACUCGGGCAGCCCCCCGCCCCGCAGACGACGAGACUCCCCUCCCCCGCGCGCAAAAGCGCGUGCGCCCGAAGCACCUCCUGCGUACGCCGACGACUACGACGACCCCAACAGGCCUCAGCGUCGGCGCCGGCCGAGAGAAAACGACUAUUACUCGGAUAGUCGGCACGACCGGCCUAGGCGCGAUGCAUACGACGAGCGGCCCCGGCGGAGAGACGACUACGACGAGCCUCCGCGCCGACGGGACCGCGACGACCGCAACGACGACCGCCCACGCCGGAGAGAUCCCUACGACGAGCGGUACGAUGACCGGCCUCGCCGACGCGACACAGGGUACGAUGACCGCCCCCGCCGCGACCGGGACCCCCGCUACGACGACCGACUGCUGCGGGAUCCGCGCGACGAUCGCGUGAGGAGCGGCCGUGGUGGGAGGAAAGAUGUGCCUGACUGGCAGAGACAGGCCAAGGACAUGUUCUUCACGCAUGCCAUGCCUGUCAUCAAGAAGGAGGGCCCCAAGCUGAUUGCGAAGUACGCGGGCGAUUUCUUGAAGCAGGUGUCCGAGAACCAGGACUGCCUCGCCGCCACUACUUUCGCAGCAAGCAAUCCCCCUGAUAUAAGCAUCGCAGUUCCCAGCCAAUCCGCUACUGCACUCUGCUCCCUAACUACACAUAGCGAAAGGCCUAUUUCUUCUUCUUAG